AUGAGCAAGCCGGCGGGAUCAACAAGUCGCAUUUUAGACAUCCCUUGCAAAGUGUGUGGGGACCGCAGCUCCGGGAAGCACUAUGGGGUUUACGCCUGCGAUGGGUGCUCGGGAUUUUUCAAGCGGAGCAUCAGGAGGAAUAGGACCUAUGUUUGCAAAUCAGGAAAUCAGGGAGGUUGCCCGGUGGACAAGACGCACAGGAACCAGUGCCGAGCCUGCCGGCUGAAGAAGUGCUUGGAGGUCAACAUGAACAAAGAUGCCGUGCAACACGAGCGGGGCCCCCGGACGUCGACGAUACGGAAACAGGUGGCUCUCUAUUUCCGCGGGCACAAGGAGGAGAGCGGCGGAGCCCCGCACUUUCCUGCUGCCGCCCUGCCGGCACCCGCCUUCUUCACCGCCGUCUCCCAGCUGGAGCCCCAUGGCCUGGAGCUGGCCGCUGUCACCGGCACCCCGGAGAGACAGGCUCUGGUGGGCCUGGCACAGCCCACCCCUAAGUAUCCACAUGAAGUCAAUGGUACCCCUAUGUAUCUCUACGAAGUGGCCACUGAAUCCGUCUGUGAGUCAGCAGCCAGACUUCUGUUCAUGAGCAUCAAGUGGGCCAAAAGUGUCCCAGCCUUCUCCACCUUGUCAUUACAAGACCAGCUGAUGCUUUUGGAAGAUGCUUGGAGAGAACUGUUUGUUCUAGGAAUAGCACAAUGGGCCAUUCCAGUUGAUGCUAACACUCUACUGGCUGUAUCUGGCAUGAACGGUGACAAUACAGAUUCUCAGAAGCUGAAUAAAAUUAUUUCAGAAAUACAGGCUUUACAGGAGGUUGUGGCUAGAUUUAGACAACUUCGGCUAGAUGCUACUGAAUUUGCCUGUCUCAAAUGCAUUGUCACUUUUAAAGCUGUGCCCACACACAGUGGUUCUGAACUGAGGAGUUUCCGAAAUGCUGCUGCCAUAGCAGCCCUUCAAGACGAAGCCCAGCUCACCCUGAACAGCUACAUUCAUACCAGGUACCCCACGCAACCCUGUCGUUUUGGAAAACUUCUAUUGCUUUUACCAGCUUUACGUUCAAUUAGUCCAUCUACAAUAGAAGAAGUGUUUUUCAAAAAGACCAUUGGGAAUGUACCAAUCACAAGACUGCUUUCAGAUAUGUACAAAUCCAGUGACAUAUAAAUUACCUUAAAAUAAACAAUCAGGAUGGACAGUCUGAGAAGAACUUCUAUCUAUGGAGAAUAAGCCUCAACUAACAAAAUCUACAGGAAGCAUAAGCCUGGGAAUGUUUAGUCCUUAAACUCAUUGACAAAAAAAUACCCCAGUAGAUAUGAUUCUGCUGCUCUGAACAGAGUGAUUUAGAUCAUGGAGAGAAUGCUUUGUUCUAUAGAAAAAGUGAAAGUGGUUGGAAUUUGGCUGCUAUUCCUGUUACUACAGGAUGGAGGCAAUUCAUAUGCCAGUCAUAGUUAACAAAGACUCUGCUAUUCUCUCAUUUAACUGGCAGAUCUGAGACAAAAUGUGAAAGAAGGUACUUUAGGUUGUUCAGUAUUUGGAACCGGGUGACCAAACUUGGCUUCUGUUGUAACACAAGAUGUGGUGGCCUUCAGAAUUGUUUUAAAAGUAGCCUAUGUUGGGAAAGUGUUUUUAAUAUGAUAGGCAACAUUUGAGAUCAAGUUACCAAAACAUUGCUUCUGCUAUAAUACAUCAUGAAGUGGCCUUCAGAACUGAUUAAAAGGUAGCUUAUGACGGCAGCUCCAUUCUUCCUACAAAAUGAACUGGUGAUCUUUGACGCGGAUGUCACCACAAUUUGUUCAGUUAACAUCUCAAAGACAGAAGAGCUUUAUACAUUUCCUCCCCGACCUUCCCUCCUUCUUCUUCCACACACACAGACAUAUAUUCACACACACACACCUGAAAAGAGACAACACAAGAAAGGAAGACUAAAACAGCAAAACCAAAUACAAUGGAGAUGACCGCUUCAGUGAUCUGCUGGCUGUCCCGUUGGCACAGUGCUGAAACCAAAGGCAACGGUGGCCAAACUCUUUGUCGAUUAAAUGUGCAGAGAAAUGAAAUGACUAUAAAAAAAUCCAUGGAAGAAAUUUUAUUUCAAAGAAAUAAAGGCUGUUGACUGAUACAAUGCUAACUAUUUCCAAAAGUCUCCAAUGCCUUUUUAGAAAUCUCCAGGUUCUAAUUUUGAAGCCUUGUUCGCCUACACCCUCUCACACACAAGAACGUUAUAAGCUGCUUAUUUGAUGUACGAAAAAUGUAGAAAAAAAACCAUUUAAAGAUAGCUGCUGUACUUUUCAAAAUUUGAUUUGUUAUUAGAAACUAGCACUGAGAAAGAUCAGCACUUGAACUAUCAUAGAAUGAGUAAAACUUUUCCUGUACAAAGUGGAUUAACCGAUUUGUGAAGUUAAAAAGUUGUACUCAUUGUAUUUACAAAGAAUAAAAAUAUAUUGAAUUUAAAUUACUUUCUACUGUUCUUUUAACCGUUGUCCUUAAUCAGCUUCUUCCACUGUCCCCUACUUAACAGGGAAUAGAAAUAUUCUUUACUAAAAUGGAUUGCCCUAGAUCCUGUGGAGUUUCCAUCACCAGAGGUUCUUAAAAACAGGUUAGACAAACAUUAAAGGAGUAGCUUAGGUGAUCCUGCCUUGUGAGAUCCUGCAUACAGCUAUUUUCUGUAAGCCAAAUAAAUACCAGCUGCAAGGUUUCUUUCUCAAGAAGGCGACAUGUAGCUUUUGCUAGGAUGCAACACCAAGUGCAUCAGAGGUCUACCCCAGUAUGUGCCUUCUGUUGCAUGCUAUUACAAUUUUUAAUAUCAGUGAACUGUGCAGCUAACAAAAGGUGAUGAGCAUAAAAGCACUGCUUCAAUUAAAAAAGACUGAGGUUUUAUUAAUGUGUCUAACUGCAUAAUCACACCAAAGAAAGAGGGAAACAACUCCAAAUCAACAGAACAACUUGGCAAUAGUAGGAGGGAAAUGUAUUGCUCACAUGGCAAUGAGUAACUGAAGAACCAUGCAUGCUAAAAUGACAGGUGGAAAUAUACUGUGUGUAUUGGUGGCUCACUGGUUUGCAGUGUCAAGGAAUACAGGCCACAAGUGAAAUCCUAGCUCUGUUGACUUCCUAGCUCAAAAAUCUCAUAUGUUUCAGAGGUCAACAUUUUAACCCCAGCUCUCCUCCAUUUGCAGUCUGCUGGGUCUCACAUUCUAUCUUUUCCAAGACAGACAGACCCUAAAUACACAAGAUGAGUCACAGGCUAUGAGACCUCAAAGUAUCUUCCAUACAAACUAGCUUGGAGCACUUAAAAAGGCACUUACUACAGGGCACAGCACACUCCUAGAAAGAAAGCAACAUUCUUCCUGCACCUGUAAUAAUUUUCUGCUCUUUACACUAAAAAGAGCCUGAUAGGACAGAAAAAUCAAUUGUGGUUCUCCACUUCGUGGCAAUUCAGUUUAUGAGCUAGAGAAGUAGAACCCAGUGCUGCACAGAAUCCAUCACAGAACAUUCAUUUCAGUAAGAUUCAUGCUGCUGUCCCAGAGCAGCAAUAAACACAAACUGCAUCCACCCUGCUAGGCAACAGGGCAAUCACACCCUGCAGUUUGCUGUAGUCCCAGUCCCUACAUCACCCAGGCUAGAGGACAAAACAGAGCGUACUGGCAAAGCAGGCAGGGCAAUGGGACAACACCCAUACCUCAUCCUGUUACCUGCAAGACCUGGCCCAGCUGCAGAGCACACUCACUGGGAACAGUGCCCAGAUCCCUAUGGUUUAGGCACAGCUAAUCUCAGACUAUGUCUUGCUCCCACUACUGCACAUUGCACUGAAGCACAGCCAGGUACACCACACCAGAAUUAGGGUCUCUAGCUAGCCUUGAAGGACUGAAGGCCAGGUGAGAUCCCAGAGUGCUAUACAAACACCCUGUCAUUCUAAGAGACUAAUGCUCCAAAGUCCUCACUUUGGAAACAGGAAUACUUUGACAUCAAGCAUGCAGCUUUUCCCUCUUCAGCUUAAAUAUUUUGGUUUUUUUCAUAGCAAAUGAUAUUGAUUGUGUCAUCAUCUUUCAAGUUUAAGAUGUGGCAUUUACUUUGAUUUCUGAAAGAAGCUUCUCUCAGAAAAUAACAUUUGAAAAAAGAAAAAUAACAACUUACUCUCUAUGUAAACCUACAUAAUAAAACUUCAACACACUUAAUCUUUCCCCCCUUUCAAGAAUAACUCAACUUUUAGGGGUGAUUCAACAAGGAGAGGGAAAUCUGGAAAUUAUUUACAUUAUCAAAAAAAUCUUGAAAAGUGAGAGCCCUGGGCUGCAAAUGGACUGUCAGUUUUGGCCCUUGGUUUAGUGAAUAGAAUGGUUGGAGAGAAUCAGCACGGUCUCAGUUAAGUAUGAGCCUUCCACCUAAAUUUAAAUUAUUCAGAGCAAUUAUUCAAACACUUACCUCUUCAGUGUAGCUAACCACUAGUACUAUGUGUAAUCCAGCCAGUCACCACUGCCUUGUCAGUUCAGUCUUUUACAUUCAGAUCUCCAUAAAUGAGGUUAAUGGUCUUAAUUAAAAGAAGCUACUAAUUUUGUCAGCAACUUUGUAGGAUGCUCUUUACAGAGGCAUUGUAAGAAGGAAAAAAGCAACAGAGCUGAGUCUAAGCCAACACAUAGCUACCAAAUAGAAAGAACACUAGAGCAAGCUGCUACUAGAGUUCUGGAAUCUGCUGUCAAGAGCAUCUGGAUAGGCAGUUUCCAUGUCACAUUUGGACGACUAAGGAAGCUUCUCUAGCUCACUUCCUUCUCAUAUAUAAGACAACUUCAGCAGUACUGCCUGUGAACUACAGUUCAGCCAUCCAGCCCCUGCAUUGCACCAGUGGUCAAAACAGCACAAUGUUACAGCUCACCCUUCCUUUAGUGUUCAAGGAAGUGGUCUAUGAUCACAUCUUACAACAGACUUGUACUACUUCAUGUUCCUAAUUCUAUCUGUAGAGCAGAGCUAUUUUAAUCUAGGAAUGAUGUUAUAAGUUAUGUAAAUAUUCCUUUCUCUAUAGGAUUUCAUAGUUUUCACUAGCUAGUUGAAGCUAGAUUGAUGCUUCUUAUGCCAGGUAGAUAGGUAUCCUUUUCCCAAUUAAAGUCACAGACCUGUUGACUGCCUACCAUGAGUGGUAUUCCAACUUUGGCUCCACAAGACAUAAACAGCCUUUAAUAGCUUUAUAUGCUCUUUAACACUUGCAGAGUGUGAGGGUAUCAAAGGGUACUUAGUGCUGGCU